AUGGGAAAUACUUCUCUCCCCUCUGGGUCUUGGCCUUUGUGGGAGACAUCGACGCCGGUUUCCUCAGUACCUCUGGAUCUACUAUCCGGACCGUUCCCUGCUGAAGACUCGACGUCGGCAUCUGGGCUAUCCGCACCUCCACAGCCACCGUCGCCGACACCAUCAGCACAGCCAGCAACCACAGACAAGCCGCGGACAUCGCCCCGGAUACCAAAACAAAAAGAAAGAAAUACUUCUCUCCCCUCUGGGUCUUGGCCUUUGUGGGAGACAUCGACGCCGGUUUCCUCAGUACCUCUGGAUCUACUAUCCGGACCGUUCCCUGCUGAAGACUCGACGUCGGCAUCUGGGCUAUCCGCACCUCCACAGCCACCGUCGCCGACACCAUCAGCACCGCCAGCAACCACAGACAAGCCGCGGACAUCGCCCCGGAUACCAAAACAAAAAGAAAGAAAUACUUGUCUCUCCCCUCUGGGUCUUGGCCUUUGUGGGAGACAUCGACGCCGGUUUCCUCAGUACCUCUGGAUCUACUAUCCGGACCGUUCCCUGCUGAAGACUCGACGUCGGCAUCUGGGCUAUCCGCACCUCCACAGCCACCGUCGCCGACACCAUCAGCACAGCCAGCAACCACAGACAAGCCGCGGACAUCGCCCCGGAUACCAAAACAAAAAGAAAGAAAUACUUCUCUCCCCUCUGGGUCUUGGCCUUUGUGGGAGACAUCGACGCCGGUUUCCUCAGUACCUCUGGAUCUACUAUCCGGACCGUUCCCUGCUGAAGACUCGACGUCGGCAUCUGGGCUAUCCGCACCUCCACAGCCACCGUCGCCGACACCAUCAGCACAGCCAGCAACCACAGACAAGCCGCGGACAUCGCCCCGGAUACCAAAACAAAAAGAAAGAAAUACUUCUCUCCCCUCUGGGUCUUGGCCUUUGUGGGAGACAUUGACGCCGGUUUCCUCAGUACCUCUGGAUCCACUAUCCGGACCGUUCCCUGCUGAAGACUCGACGUCGGCAUCUGGGCUAUCCGCACCUCCACAGCCACCGUCGCCGACACCAUCAGCACCGCCAGCAACCACAGACAAGCCGCGGACAUCGCCCCGGAUACCAAUACAAAGAGAAAGAAAUACUUCUCUCCCCUCUGGGUCUUGGCCUUUGUGGGAGACAUCGACGCCGGUUUCCUCAGUACCUCUGGAUCUACUAUCCGGACCGUUCCCUGCUGAAGACUCGACGUCGGCAUCUGGGCUAUCCGCACCUCCACAGCCACCGUCGCCGACACCAUCAGCACCGCCAGCAACCACAGACAAGCCGCGGACAUCGCCCCGGAUACCAAAGCAAAAAGAAAGAAAUACUUUUAGUUUUCAGCAUUAGUCAAUGUUUGAACUGUUUCUGCAUUGUAGGCUAAAUAAUCAAAACACGUUAGUAGCUACAAUAUUAUUUCGGGUUUAAACAUUUUUGAAGUUAUUUAACAUCUUAUGAAGAAGUUUUUCAUUCUUGAAAUAUUUCUUAAAGAUAAAACAGUAGAAAGAAAACACUUUUUAGUCUUCACUAAUAGUUCAAACGACACAGCUACCCAACUCAUGCACCAUUUUUUCAAAAUGCUUUUAAACAGAUAAUUUGAACUUGUUUGAGAAAUACUUUUAGUUUUCAGAAUAGAACAAAAGAAAGAAAUACUCUUAGUUUUCAGAAAACAAGGUUGAGUGAACAAUGAUGAAACAAAAAAGAAAGAAAUACUUUAGUUUUCAGCAUUAGUUCAAAUGACACAGCUAUUCAACUCACAUGAGUUUCUGUUGAAUCAGUCUAUUUAAUUUUACACCCUGUGUGAGUUUGAAACGAUGCAUUUUUAGAGUCUGUGAUAACCAGUUAAUUUGCUGCGGAGACGCGAGUUCUUUCCUGGACGGUUGAAUCUUCAAAAGAGACAGUCUGAAGGCGGACCUCAUUGUCUUCAGACAACAUUG